AUCAUGUUCAUUCAGAGCUCAGUCACUCAGAUCAUCACACCUCUCAGUCCUUUGUCUCUGCUCUCUCGUUGUCUCUCCAUCCAUUCAUCCGUCCACCCGUCCUCCCCCUCUCUGUGUCCAUCCAUGUGAAUGAUGUCCAGUCUCAGGUUACUGACAGUCCAUCUGCUUGGAGCUUCUCUGCUGCUGCUGCUGUUACUGACUGCCGUUUGUGAGGCUCAGUACUACAGCGACGUCACGCCAACUCCAGAGGAUGAUUUUGAUUACAACUCCACCAUUCAAGUCAGCUUCUUUAGUAACUCCAGCAUUGAAGACCUGGAAAGGUUUUUCGGUAAGGUGACGGGGACAGAGGACGAAGAGAAUGAAGAAGAAGAAGUGAAUGUCAGCACAGUAAGCAGUAAGUGGGAUCCCACGGAGAGCAGCAAGGACAGUAUUGAUAACGGCGCCUCUUUUCCUGUUUCUCUGGAAUUCAGGAAGCUGCUCUGGACUUCAUUUAUCCUGAUGGUUCUGAACUCCCAGCAGCUGUGAC